AUGCACCAGGGAAACCGGAUCUUGGUUAAAAGUUUGUCCCUUGACCCUGGCCAGGGCCUUGAGCCUCAUCCAGAAGGUCCCCAGCGACUUCGCUCAGACCCAGGCCCCCCCACUGAAACCCCCAGCCAGCGUCCUUCGCCACUGAAGCGGGCACCGGGCCCAAAGCCACAGGUCCCCCCGAAGCCCAGCUACCUGCAGAUGCCCCGGAUGCCCCCACCACCUGAGCCCAUCCCACCCCCACCAUCACGCCCACUGCCUGCAGACCCCCGAGUAGCCAAGGGCCUGGCCUCCAGGGCAGAGGCCAGCCCCAGUUCUGCAGCAGUAUCCUCACUGAUUGAGAAAUUUGAAAGAGAGCCUGUGAUUGUUGCCUCGGAUAGGCCAGCCCCUGGCCCCAGCCCAAGUCCCACAGAGCCAGCCAUGUUGCCACAGCCACCCCCACAGCCACCAGUGCCCCAGCUCCCUGAGGGCGAGGCAUCCCGCUGCCUGUUCCUGCUGGCUCCCGGGCCCCGGGAUGGCGAGAAGGUACCCAAUCGGGACAGCGGCAUUGACAGCAUCAGCUCACCAUCCAACAGCGAGGAGACCUGCUUCAUCAGUGAUGACGGGCCCCCUAGCCACGGCCUCUGCCCUGGGCCCCCUGCCCUGGCCAGUGUCCCUGUUGCCUUGGCCGACCCCCACCGGCCCAGCUCCCAGGAGGUUGAUAGUGACCUGGAGGAGGAGGACGACGACGAGGAGGAUGAGAAGGACAGAGAAGUCCCAGCACCCCUGAUGGAGAGACAGGAGUCCGUGGAGUUGACUGUGCAACAGAAGGUGUUCCACAUUGCCAAUGAACUCCUGCAAACUGAGAAGGCUUACGUUUCCAGGCUCCAUCUCCUGGAUCAGGUGUUCUGCGCUCGGCUGCUAGAAGAAGCUCGGAACCGCAGUUCCUUCCCAGCUGACGUCGUCCACGGCAUCUUCUCUAACAUCUGCUCCAUCUAUUGCUUCCACCAGCAGUUCCUGCUGCCUGAGCUAGAGAAGCGCAUGGAGGAAUGGGACCGCUACCCACGCAUCGGAGACAUCCUGCAGAAGCUGGCACCCUUCCUCAAAAUGUAUGGCGAGUAUGUGAAGAACUUUGACCGAGCUGUGGAGCUAGUCAACACCUGGACAGAGCGUUCCACCCAGUUUAAAGUGAUCAUCCAUGAGGUGCAGAAGGAGGAAGCCUGUGGCAACCUGACAUUGCAGCACCACAUGCUGGAGCCCGUGCAGCGCAUCCCCCGUUAUGAGCUGCUUCUCAAGGACUAUCUGUUAAAGCUGCCCCAUGGCUCCCCGGACAGCAAGGACGCCCAAAAGUCUCUGGAGCUGAUAGCCACAGCAGCAGAGCACUCUAAUGCUGCCAUCCGCAAAAUGGAGCGAAUGCACAAGCUGCUGAAGGUGUACGAGUUGCUAGGAGGUGAGGAAGACAUUGUCAGCCCCACCAAAGAGCUCAUAAAAGAAGGCCACAUCCUUAAGCUGUCAGCAAAGAAUGGGACCACUCAAGACCGAUACCUCAUACUAUUCAACGACCGCCUCCUUUACUGUGUGCCCAGGCUGCGGCUCCUUGGCCAGAAGUUUAGCGUGCGGGCACGCAUUGAUGUAGACGGCAUGGAGCUGAAGGAAAGUUCCAACCUCAAUCUGCCUCGGACCUUCCUGGUGUCAGGAAAGCAGCGCUCCCUGGAGCUCCAGGCCAGGACUGAGGAAGAGAAGAAAGACUGGGUCCAGGCCAUCAACUCCACCCUCCUGAAGCAUGAACAGACGCUGGAGACCUUCAAGCUGUUAAACUCCACAAACAGGGAAGAUGAAGACACACCCCCCAACUCUCCGAAUGUGGAUCUUGGAAAGCGGGCACCUACGCCCAUCCGAGAAAAGGAAGUCACCAUGUGCAUGCGCUGCCAGGAGCCCUUCAAUUCCAUCACGAAACGCAGGCACCACUGCAAGGCCUGUGGACAUGUGGUUUGUGGGAAGUGCUCCGAGUUCCGGGCUCGCCUUGUCUAUGACAACAACCGUUCCAACCGUGUGUGCACUGACUGCUAUGUGGCCUUGCAUGGGGUACCCGGGAGCAGCCCAGCCUGCAGCCAGCAUACACCCCAGCGCCGGAGGUCCAUCCUGGAGAAACAGGCCUCAGUGGCUGCGGAGAACAGUGUCAUCUGCAGCUUCCUACACUACAUGGAGAAGGGUGGAAAAGGCUGGCACAAGGCAUGGUUUGUGGUCCCUGAGAAUGAACCCUUGGUGCUGUACAUCUACGGAGCCCCUCAGGAUGUGAAAGCGCAGCGCAGCCUGCCCCUCAUUGGCUUUGAGGUGGGGCCUCCUGAGGCUGGGGAGCGGCCUGACAGACGGCAUGUCUUCAAGAUCACCCAGAGCCAUCUGAGCUGGUACUUCAGUCCUGAGACAGAGGAGCUACAGCGGCGCUGGAUGGCUGUGCUUGGCCGGGCAGGCCGUGGGGACACGUUCUGCCCAGGGCCCACACUGUCUGAGGACAGGGAGAUGGAAGAGGUGCCAGUGGCAGCUUUAGGAGCCACUGCUGAACCCUCCGAAGCCCCCCAGACCCGAGAUAAGACCUAGAGGGUUUGUGGGUAACUGGGACGCCCUGCCCCACACUCUAGCUGCCCAUGUCCAAUUAAGGGCCCCAGCCCCCACCCUCCCAGCUCAGUCAAUACUUGAACUCCCAUCAUGGGCACUUUCAAUCCUGAAUGCUGGGUCUCGGGUUUUUUUAAUUCAUCUUUUCACAAAACCUGGGCUUUUAAAAAAAUAUUCGUACAGUGUGGUUAAUUUUUUUUAAACCCUGUCCCCCCAGGGAGGGUGGGGGCUAUUGCUAGACCUGCCUGAAUUAGGCCAUUUUCCCCCAACCCCUCAAUACCCUACAGAUCCUGCCUCCACCCAAAUCCCUCCAAAGCACCAGAGGCAGGAGAUCUGGAUUCAAGUGCCAGCUCUGCCACAGACCCCAUGGCCCUGGCCCACCCCUGCCCCUUCAACUAGUGUCUUCAUAUGUAUGAUGCUAUGUGGGGUGGUGACCAGACCCCUCCUGCCUCUCCCAUGGCUUACAGCUUCUACCUGGCCCCCAGGGCUACCCAGUAUUUUAUCGUCUAGACCCAUGGCAGGGCCACUGGGCAGGACAGGGGAACACGGGGGAGGACAAAGAAAACUCUGUUUUGUUUUUUAAAGAAAAAUACAGUUUAUUUCAAGCUUAC